UGAUACUAGCCGAAGACAAAGAGGACUGUAACUUAAUAUUGCUAAUGUGUGACCACUUCUAUAUUUCUGGAAUUCUCAGAUUCAUUAGAUUUCAUUUUUAUUACUUUCGAGCAAGAGAGGGCAUUUUUGUUGAGUUUUUGUCUUGGCCAGAUUGUUAUUCUUGUCUUCUUGCCCUCUGCAAAAAUAAUCAACAAGCGCGCGUGCAGCUCCGUUUCUGUCACAUAGAAUGUAUCGGUCAUCUUUUUUCUCUCAAAAGCAUUCUCAGAUCAGGCUCUGGGAUCAAUAGGUUUAUUAGCGGUUUUGGUCCUGACAGACACUCAAGGCAAACAAGCCUAGAGCAAUAUUGACACAUUGUACCAACGCAUCGACACCAUUAAAAGCACUGCUCGAACGUUGAGGCCUUAAUGUAGAAGGUGACAGUCAAAACGAGACGAACUUGGGAAACUUCUAUCUCAUCUCUCUUCCUGUAGCCUGAACAGUUUUAACCAGGUCUGCACUUGCCCACAAUGCUUCGACAUCCGACAACUCCUUUGAUCGCUGCGCUGCUCUGCAUCUUAGCUUCAGUGUCACAAGCGCAUUCAAGUGUGACUUUGCUGAAGCUCGGUGACCGUGAACCCUCUUUACCUGACGAGGUACCAGUCAAUGAGGCCACUAAGCUCGGGCUCAGUCAUAUGCUUGCCGAGCUUAAAGGAAUGACUGUUAAAGAGCUGGAGGAAAAGGAUACAACAGAGUCCAGCGAGGCGGCAAAAGGCGACGAGCUGGAGGAGGGCGCAGCAUCGAAAAGACUUGACCCUAGGGCUUUCUUCGGCAGCAGAGGAAAGAGGAGAUUCUCGGAAAAAUCUUUCAAGCGACUCCAAACCGGAUUUGUGGGCAGCCGCGGCAAACGACUUCCGAUGCCAGCAGGCGAUGAGGGAUUGUGGGAAGGACAGGAGUUCCGCAGCAAGCGGUUUGACCCCAGCGGCUUCGCGGGCAGCCGAGGGAAGCGGUACUUUCCGGGACUGGAGGCGCUGGUGUUGAGCCAUAUGUACCCGAAAUUGGAUGCUGGAAAAUGGAAAAGACAGUUCUCUCACUUUGGUUUUCAGGCCGCAAGAGGCUGACGAAUGUCCUUCAUUGAAAUCAGUCAGGACAGCGAGUACAUCUGCAUGGUCACAGCCUGACAAGCAGCACUACUAAACUGUCCUUGUCCUCGAAACAUCGUCAAAGAAGAUUAUUAUAUUGCCUUGGUAGAGAAUGCUUUGCAGCAUACGUCAAGGAAGAAACUAUUUUGGAAAAAAAACCUUUAAAAAUCUUGUUCUUGAAGCUUCAUAUGUGUUGUUGUUAUUAUGAGGGAGGGUGAAGAGAUUACUGAUUUCAUGAUUUUUUCUUAGCUGUCAAACUUGCUUCUGUUGCAAUAAUUGUCUCGCUCUUUGAAUUGGUGUAUGCCACACGUAAAACUUAGAUGUUAAAGACUCAAGUAUUUGAAACAAAUACAAGCUUGUUAAUGAUGAUUGUGAUAGUUUACAAUAUUUUACUUUCCAAAUUACUUGCUUUUGUGAAAACCUGGAAAUAGAUACCCGUAUAAAACAUGGCCACUUUCUUCUGUUCCAAAACCGCUAGGCACUGUUAAUGUCAUUAUCUUUUUAUAUUCAUCUAAUUUGAUGUAUGACAGUGCACUUUAAUUAUCUUUUCCAUAAAAAUAUUUUCAACUAAAAUAACCAGUCUGUUUUAUUUUUGAUUUAUUCUAGCAUCCAAAAACAAUUAUUACAGAGAAGUAGCAGACAGGUUUACAUCUAAGAAUUGAAAUGACUUUCGUUUUUCUCGUUUACUCUUCAUUACUGUGAAUUUACAGUGAAAAUAUCUGGCUUCAUUCUUGCAAGCUCUCCGUGUUUUGCUGAAUCUGAUAAACAAGAAAUACUAUACCGAAUUAAUAUUUUUGUCGUCUGCACCAGAAGGCUGUGAUCAUAGGUGACCACGACAACAUUGUAGCAAUCGUUUACGACUUUGAAUUUAUGAGUGAGAGCUGUAUAGUUUUGCUGUUGUUGCUGUUUUCUUUAUCAUGCAUCAUGUGGUUUGCAACGAAUGAUCAGAUGAUCAGACUUGUAACAAGCGGGUAGCCGGAGAUGUUGCACAAAUAAAGAAAAAUUUCA